GGUUCACAACGCCAUGUCGAGCAAGACAGAGCCUGCAGAGCCUCCCAACCCGGGAAAGACAUCAGUCCCACUGUGCAUAAUGCAGUCCGCCUGUGUCUCAGUGCAAAGGAAUACCGCGUGCUCCAGGACUUUGCGACCAAGCGCGUCCCCGCUCUCCAGGGCAAGCUGCCGUCUUCUCUGCGCGAGGAUCCCGCCGCCUUUUCGCGAAAUCGUCAUAACAUAGCAGCCUUUCGUGCAUCGCUUCGAGUCUUCGUCGGUUCUAGUGGUGUGCUGAAGCUAGCUGAGAUCAUAUCGAACCGGGUGCAAGGCGUUACGACCAAAAAGAAAGAUCGUACUCCGUUGCUCCGUUCACCGAACUUUCGCCUAUCCAUCUCCCUCUCUCUCCUGCUCCUCCUUCAUCGUCUCCUAUACCGUUUCCUCGUCCGGCUUCGGUCGAACCUUCGUACCGAUGAUGCGCGCCCGUUUAGAGAAAGAAACCCGCGUGUCUCGAGAGCUUUGACAUCCCGCUUGGAGUUUCUGUUCAAUACCCUAGACUCGAAGGGCUGGCUUGAUCAGCGUCCAUGGUGGUUUGGAAGCUGGCUGCUCAUGCCUGUGUCCUGUGCGCAGCUUUUCCACGCUUUCAUCUUCGAUCGCGAGACAACGCCCAAGUGGUUUGGAAAUUUUAUCCUCAGACUCUCACCCAGCUACAUUCCUGGGCGACCUGAUGCGCUUCCCGAAUAUGUUAAUUGGCCAGAGAAGGAGGAAAUUGUUUCUUCACUGGCGUCUAUCGCGAAUCUGCGCUGGCCAGCUUUUGUAUCGCCCAUUCUACACCCACGCGAACCUCAUACCUUACCCACCUCCGUUGAAUGCAUUGCCCCCAUCACAGGGCCAGCGCAUCCCUCGAUAUCCAAACUCUCCUGCGCCCUGCUCCAUCCAAGUCUCCCAAGCUGCAGCACCGCAUUCGUGCACCACAUCCUUCUCUCGGUCCCACCACUUGCUCGCUUCUUAGCUUCCAUCACCCUAGCCCUGAGCAUUCCGAAAAUCAAGGACAUUAUCAAGCAGCCCGUCACGUCUAUCCACGCGAUAUGCACAAAAAUAAUCCUGAUGACCGCUGUUCUGUCGACAGCUAUUGGAUCGGCAUGGGGUAGUGUCUGUCUCUUCAACAACUCUCUUCCCCGUUCCACACUUCCAACGAAGCGAUUCUUCCUCAGCGGUGCGCUUGGGGGCCUGCCAUUCCUUUUCAUGGGACAAAGUCGUAGCUUCUUCAUGUACUUCUUCCGAGCUGCUGUAGACUCGGCCUGGAAGACCGGUGUCAAGCAUGGGCUCUGGAAGGGCGGCCGCGGCAGAGGGUUGGCGCUCUUUGUUGCGUCCUGGGCUUUAAUUGGAACUAUACUCGAGGCCAACCCGAACGCUGUCCAAGGCGGUGGUCUACGCAAGGGACUUACCUGGCUGCGGGGUGAUGGCUUCGUGGACCCUAUUGAGCUCGAGCAGCGCCGAGUUCGCCGUGCCCCGAAGAAGGCAGAGAAUGCGUAG